AUGAAUUACAACAACACAGAGCACUUAAAUUAAUUGCUUACCCUUUAAAUACAGGAUACUAGCGAAAUCUUUUACAUUAAUACAGUAUACACUCCUUAGCAACUUGGGGAAUUAUUUUGCUAGUAAUUUAGCUUGGAUUUAGCAAAUGCUAAAUUAAUAACAUUAAAAUUAUUGAAAAUCAUCGAAUCUGCUUCACAUUUACCUCAAUAUUAAUACCUAAGUGAAUAUUAUGAAAGGCAUUGUGAUAGAAAAUGUUAAUCAAAUAUUUAAUUCAAAUAAUCCUAUAAAUUAGUUGAAUUCUUUUUUGAUAAACCACAAUUAUUUGAUAGAAAUGAACUAUUUCAAAGAAAAACUUAAUAAAACAUCGAAAAUAUACGAUAAUAAUAGGAUUAGGCAUUAAGCAUUCAUUGCACUUUUAAUCCACAGUUAAAUUACUCAAAUAAUUCUCAAGAUUUCAAUAGAUAUUAGCAACUGUAUCAAAAGGGAUUGCUUAAAUAAUUGGAGAGGAAUAAAAGCAAACACAUUCAUGUUGAUAAAUUAGAUUAACUGGAUGAUAAUUGUACAUUUCAACCAGCAAUUAAUUAAAAUUACAAAUAUCAAAAAAUAAAGAAUGAAAAUUUGCCAAGUCAAUUGAAUUUAAUGAUUAAAACUCACUUACUAAAAUAAAACUUAUAUUACUAUCAACUUUUUCAACUUUUAGAUAGCAAUAAUGAUGGACUAAUUUCUAAAGAUGAAAUUGACAUCAGUUAAUUAAACUAACAAGAAAUAAAAUAGCCAUCUUAUGCCAUUAUUAAUGAAAAUUGA